AUGAAACAUACUAACAUUUUGAGUUUUCUGUUUUGCUUAAGCAUAGGAGAAUAUGUAUGCACAAAUGCUGCAUUUAAUAACAAGAAAACUUUUUUUACCUUCUCUGGGGAUUCUAAUCUGAAUACAUCCAAUGGUGGAGACAUCAAUUCGAAUGAGUUGUUAAAUGAGAGUGGGAACAAUGAAAAUGGAAAUAUGAAAAUUCAUAAAAUUGUUAAGAAGGAGAAAAGCAAAAUGGCUGAUGCGUCCAAUGAAAGUGUGAAAGAUUCAGUAGAUAAAGCUAGUGAAGCAAUUAAAAAAGAAUACAAGCUGAAGGACUUGCCAGCAUCUGGACUAAGUGAAGAAGAUGAAGAAGAAGCACGUGAAGACAGUGAAUUUUUAUCAAACGAUUUGGAAGAAGCGGCACAAAAUUUCUCGUCAUAUGAUGAGCAGAACAACCCAGAAACAGAAACGGACGAAAAGAAUGUAAAGAAAUAUCAAGCGGAGGUUAUCAACACCAUGAAUCAUGAUACUGUUUAUGAAAAAUUUGAUACAAGAGAAUUAGAAAAAAUUGAACAGGCAAUGGAAGAUUCGGAUAAAAUAUGUCUUCAGGAUUUUUCGCUUCCUUGCCCCUUGGAAUUUUUUCGAACUAGUUCUGGAUGUGUCCCAUUAGAUUCGUACAAAGGUCCUUGUCGUAAGGUGCAAGAUAAACUCAUGUACUUGUAUGAUAACCAGAAGGAAAGCUGGGGAGAAAUUUGUGAUGCCAUUUGGCCAUGUCAACCCCAAGAGUGCCCACAUGGAACAGACUAUGGUGCUGUAUGUCCGAUUAAUUGGAUCGAUAUAGGAAAAGGAAUAUGUAAAAGUCUAGAAGAAAAUGAGAAAUGUAAUAAAAAUAUAAAUUUUUCUAAUAUAUCUAUUGAUGAAAAGAAAAAAAUGGAAUCAGAUUGUGGAAUCAGGUGGAGAUGUAAGUCUGCCAUUUUUGAAACAAAUUUUGAUUCAGUUUGUCCUCUCAAUUGGGAAAAAAUUGGUGAAUCCAGAUGUAAAGCACCCAUUAAUUAUGAUGGCCCAUGUCCAAGAGUUGCAAAUUUGAAAAAGUACAAUUCUCAUGAACAUAAAAAGAUGGUGGAAAUUGCGUGUCUUGUAAAUUGGCCUUACACACUAACAGUCAAUCAGUACCAACGGGAUUACAGCGUUCCCUGUCCCAUUGGAUGGUCUCUCAUGGACAAUGGAUUCUGUCUGGCCCCAGAGAAUUACAAAAAAAAUGACAAAUGUAACGAUGUAAUUUAUUUCGGUGCCAUGAAUUCACAACAGAAGGAGUCUUACUCAAAUGCAUGUCAGGUGGAUUUCCCUUUCAAAGAGAGGAACGGCUGUAUGCGUAAUUACUCGUAUGCAUGUCCCCUUGGUUGGGUACCUUCAGAAAAAAAUGGAUUCUGUAAAUCACCAAUUAAUUAUAAAAGCAGUAUAUGUAAAAAAUAUGCAAAAUUUGAAAAUAUUUCCGAUAGUCAAAAAAAUUAUUUCCUAAAUGUUUGUUCUAUUGAUUGGCCUUGCGAGGGAGAGAUCCAGAAUUCAAUGAUUUACACACAAAUUCCAGUUGCAUAUGCAACCAAACAAAAGGAAAAAUCUCACAGAGGACCAGUAGAUUCUACAACAGGAGCAAUCAUUUAG